UCCUCGCAAUGCUUAAUCAUCAUCUUCUUCUUCUGCCUCAGAUCCAGCAAAUGCUCCAGCUUACGUCUACUCUCUUUAGCAUUUGAGACCAAAACAACCUUAUCUCACUCUCGGUCUUCGAUUUCUCCACCCUUGCCGGAGAAAAACCCUAGAUCUGCAAUGCUUCAUCUCCGGCACCGCCGGGAUUCCACACCGGCCACAACCAGGUGGCGCAACAAGUUCGACGAGAAUCUGGAGCAGUGGCCACACCUCAAUGAACUGGUUCACUGCUACACCACGGAUUGGGUCAAGGAUGAUAACAAGUAUGGCCACUACGAUAGCCUCGGUACGCCGUCGUUUCAAAACCAGAUAUACGAGGGCCCUGACACUGACAUUGAGACCGAAAUGCGGCUUGCUGGUGCAAGGCGAACGAAGGGUGAAGAUAUAAAUGAAGAUGACAUUCCUAGUACUUCAGGAAGGCAAUUUAUGGAAGCGGCAGAUGGUGACUCGGAUGUUCCAAAGCAUAUUGGUCAGUCUCCUCUUCCCGCUUAUGAGCCAGCAUUUGAUUGGGAAAAUGAGAGGUCAUUGAUAUUUGGACAACGGAUACCGGAAGCUCCUAUAUCACAGUAUGACCGUCCUGAGAUUGGAAUGAAGGUCUCUGUAAAAGUUCAGUCUUUACAAUUUCAAGCAGUAUUAGUUGAACCAUUUUAUGGUACAAUUUGCUUAUACAAUAAGGAGAGAAGAGAAAAAUUGUCAGAAGACUUUUACUUUCAUAUCUUACCUACUGAAAUGCAGGAUGCCAAAAUUACACAUGAACCUCGUGCAGUCUUUUACUUAGAUGCGCCAUCUGCUUCAGUUUGUUUGUUAAUCCAGUUGGAGAAGCAUGCUACUGAAGAAGGCGGGGUUACUCCUUCUGUUUAUUCACGUAAAGAUCCAGUGCACUUGACUGAGAGAGAGAAGCAAAAAUUGCAGGUGUGGUCUCAAAUCAUGCCUUACAAAGAGUCCUUUGCAUGGGCCAUUGUAUCGUUAUUUGAUAGCAGUAUUGGCGCAGCUUCGGCUGGGCCUGCUUCUCCAAGCAGCCCUCUUGCUCCAAGUGUUUCUGGUUCAAGUUCCCAUGAAGGUGUUUUUGAGACUAGUGCAAAAAUCUCUUUAGAUGGGAAGCUGAGUUACUCAAAUGGAAAUUCUGUUAUAGUUGAGGUUUCAAACUUGAAUAAAGUCAAAGAAAGCUAUACUGAGGAAUCACUUCAGGAUCCCAAGCGUAAAGUGCAUAAACCUGUCAAAGGUGUUUUGAGACUGGAAAUUGAAAAGCAUCAGAUUUCCCAAGCUGAUUUGGAAAAUGUAUCAGAAACCGGUAGUACAACCAAUGAUUCUGUUGAUCCAGGGGAUCAUAUUGCAGAUUCAUCAUCUGGAAAGUAUCCAAGUACUGGUGGUGAUGAUCCUCAAGGUAGUAUCUCCAGGUGGAAUGUCUACGACGGGAAAGAAGUUUCAGGAAAUGGAGCAAAUCAACAUGGAAAUUCAGAUUUUAAUGCUGAUGAUUUCCAUGCUUUUGACUUCCGCACUACAACAAGAAACGAGCCUUUUUUGCAACUUUUUCACUGCCUGUAUGUGUAUCCGUUGACUGUAAGUUUGGGUAGGAAAAGGAAUUUAUUUAUACGGGUUGAGCUCAGGGAGGAUGAUGGUGAUAUUCGUCGACAGGCCUUGGAGGCAGUGUACCCUAGAGAUCCAGUUUUUGAUGCAUCAUUUCAGAAGUGGGGUCACACCCAAGUUGCUGUUGGGGCUAGGGUUGCUUCUUACCAUGAUGAAAUAAAACUUUCCCUUCCUGCUAUGUGGACACCAAUGCAUCACCUUCUAUUUACUUUCUUUCAUGUUGAUCUGCAAACAAAAUUGGAAGCUCCUAAGCCUGUGGUAAUUGGAUACUCCGCACUUCCUUUAUCAUCACAUGCUCAGCUGCGAUCAGAGAUAAAUCUUCCAAUUAUGAGAGAGUUGGUUCCUCAUUAUCUCCAAGAUACAGGACGGGAGAGAUUGGAUUAUUUGGAAGAUGGGAAAAAUGUCUUCAGACUGCGUUUACGGCUAUGUUCUUCUUUAUACCCUAUCAAUGAACGCAUUCGAGAUUUCUUUCUUGAAUAUGAUCGACACACUCUUCGAACAAGUCCACCUUGGGGUUCUGAACUACUGGAGGCAAUUAAUAGUUUGAAGAAUGUUGAUUCCACUGCUUUACUUCAGUUUCUUCACCCAAUUCUUAAUAUGCUGCUUCAUCUUAUUGGCAAUGGUGGAGAAACACUCCAGGUUGCAGCUUUCCGGGCUAUGGUUAAUAUUGUAACCAGGGUGCAGCAGGAGUCAGUUGAUGAUGCUGAAAGAAAUCACUUUCUAGUCAACUAUGUUGAUUGUGCUUUUGAUGACUUUGGUGGUCGUCAACCACCAGUGUAUCCUGGAUUAUCCACUGUUUGGGGAAGCCUGGCACGAAGUAAGGCUAAAGGGUACCGUGUUGGACCUGUGUAUGAUGAUGUUUUGGCAAUGGCAUGGUUUUUUCUGGAGCUAAUUGUUAAAUCAAUGGCAUUGGAGAAGACUCGCCUUUUCUAUCAUAGUCUUCCAAUAGGUGAAGAUAUCCCACCAAUGCAGUUGAAGGAUGGUGUAUUCAGAUGUAUAAUGCAGUUGUAUGAUUGCCUUCUUACUGAGGUGCACGAGCGCUGCAAGAAGGGUUUAAGCUUGGCAAAGCGUUUGAACAGUAGUUUGGCCUUCUUUUGCUAUGAUCUUCUAUCCAUUAUUGAGCCACGACAAGUUUUUGAGUUGGUAUCGUUAUAUCUUGAUAAGUUCUCUGGUGUAUGUCAAUCGGUUCUUCAUGAGUGUAAACUUGCCUUUUUACAAAUCAUAUGUGAUCAUGAUCUUUUUGUGGAAAUGCCUGGGAGAGACCCUUCAGAUAGGAACUACCUUUCAUCUGUAUUGAUACAAGAACUCUUUCUUACUUGGGAUCAUGAAGAUUUGUCUCUACGUGCAAAGGCAGCAAGAAUCUUGGUAGUGCUCUUAUGCAAGCAUGAGUUUGAUGUGAGAUACCAGAAGGCUGAAGAUAAGUUGUAUAUUGCUCAGCUAUAUUUCCCACUUAUUGGACAGAUAUUAGAUGAAAUGCCUGUUUUCUACAACCUGAAUUCUGUUGAAAAGCGUGAAGUUUCAAUUGUAAUUUUGCAAAUAGUUCGAAAUCUAGAUGAUGCAUCACUUGUCAAGGCAUGGCAGCAAAGCAUUGCCAGGACUAGAUUGUUUUUCAAGCUCAUGGAGGAAUGCUUACUUCUAUUUGAGCAUAAAAAACCUGCUGAUGGCAUGUUACUCGGCUCCAGUUCUCGCAACCCUGUAGGGGAGGCUCCUGCUUCCCCCAAGUACUCUGAUAGACUUUCUCCUGCAAUCAACAAUUAUCUGUCUGAGGCCUCAAGGCAGGAAGUCAGGCCUCAGGGAACACCUGAUAAUGGAUAUUUAUGGCAGAGAGUAAAUUCCCAGUUAAGCUCUCCUAGCCAGCCAUAUUCCUUGAGAGAAGCUCUAGCUCAAGCGCAGUCCUCUAGGAUUGGCGCUUCCGCUCAAGCACUUCGAGAGUCUUUACACCCACUUUUGAGGCAGAAAUUGGAACUUUGGGAGGAAAAUUUGAGUGCUUCUGUCAGUCUUCAGGUUUUGGAGGUGACUCAGAAAUUCUCCCUCAUGGCAGCAUCCCAUAGCAUUGCUACUGACUGUGGAAAACUUGAUUGCAUCACUGCCGUAUUCAUGAGCUUUUUAUCUAGAAAUCAGCCACUGACUUUUUGGAAAGCAUUUUUUCCUGUAUUUAACAGUGUAUUUGAUUUACAUGGGGCAACGCUGAUGGCAAGGGAAAAUGAUCGUUUUCUAAAGCAAGUCACAUUCCAUCUCCUUCGGCUUGCAGUUUUCCGAAAUGAAAAUAUCAGGAAUAGGGCAGUUGUUGGGCUUCAAAUACUUGUGAGGAGCUCAUUUCAUUACUUUACGCAGACAGCAAGGUUGAGAGUCAUGUUGAUUAUCACAUUAUCAGAGCUAAUGUCUGAUGUGCAAGUGACUCAAAUGAGAUCUGAUGGAAGCCUAGAAGAGAGUGGUGAAGCACGGCGACUCAGAAAGUCUUUAGAUGAAAUGAAGGAUGAAACUAAAAGUGCUUACCUGUUGAAGGAGUGUGGAUUACCUGAGGGUGCUCUUGUGGCCAUACCAGAAAAAAUGACAGAGAAUAGGUGGUCCUGGUCAGAGGUGAAAUAUCUCUCUGACAGUCUUCUUUUGGCCCUUGAUGCUAGCUUGGAGCAUGCGCUAUUGUCCCCUGUGAUGACUAUGGAUAGAUAUGCUGCUGCCGAAAGCUUCUAUAAAUUGGCAAUGGCAUUUGCCCCAGUCCCUGAUCUUCACAUAAUGUGGUUGCUUCAUCUAUGUGAUGCACAUCAGGAAAUGCAGUCUUGGGCUGAAGCUGCUCAGUGUGCUGUUGCUGUUGCUGGUGUUGUAAUGCAGGCCCUUGUUGCAAGAAAUGAUGGUGUUUGGAGCAAAGAUCAUGUUGCUGCUUUACGUAAGAUUUGUCCAAUGGUCAGCAGUGAGAUCACGUCUGAAGCAUCUGCUGCAGAGGUAGAGGGCUAUGGUGCUUCAAAACUGACAGUUGACUCUGCCGUUAAAUAUCUGCAGCUUGCUAAUAAGCUCUUCUCACAAGCUGAGCUGUUUCAUUUCUGCGCAAGCAUUCUGGAACUUGUAAUCCCAGUUUACAAAAGCAGGAGGGCUUAUGGACAGUUGGCUAAAUGCCACACGUUACUUACCAAUAUCUAUGAGUCAAUACUUGAGCAGGAAUCUAGUCCAAUUCCUUUCACUGAUGCAACAUACUACAGGGUUGGAUUUUAUGGUGAUAGAUUUGGGAAACUUGACAAAAAGGAGUAUGUAUACCGGGAGCCUCGUGAUGUACGUCUUGGGGACAUAAUGGAAAAGCUUAGUCACAUAUACGAGUCUAGAAUGGAUGGUAAUCACACUUUGCAUAUUAUUCCGGAUUCUAGACAAGUGAAGGCAGAGGAGUUACAGGCUGGUGUCUGCUACCUACAGAUUACUGCUGUUGAUCCAGUUAUGGAAGAUGAGGAUUUAGGAAGUAGAAGAGAAAGAAUUUUCUCUCUUUCUACUGGUAGCGUCCGUGCUCGUGUAUUUGACCAUUUCUUGUUUGAUACCCCAUUUACUAAAAAUGGCAAGACUCAAGGUGGAUUGGAAGAUCAAUGGAAGAGACGCUCAGUACUUCAGACAGAGGGUUCAUUUCCAGCUUUAGUAAAUAGGCUAUUAGUAAUCAAAUCUGAGUCCCUUGAAUUCUCUCCUGUGGAAAAUGCAAUUGGAAUGAUUGAAACACGAACAGCUGCAUUAAGAAAUGAACUUGAAGAGCCUCGAAGUUCUGAGGGGGAUCAACUUCCACGACUCCAGAGUCUACAAAGAAUCCUCCAAGGCAGUGUUGCAGUACAAGUGAAUAGUGGAGUUUUGAGUGUUUGCACGGCCUUCUUGUCUGGGGAGCCUGCAACAAGGUUGCGAUCGCAGGAACUUCAGCAACUAAUAGCUGCUCUUCUUGAGUUCAUGGCUGUUUGUAAACGUGCCAUCCGAGUACAUUUCAGAUUGAUUGGUGAGGAAGAUCAGGAUUUCCAUACGCAACUUGUAAAUGGAUUCCAGUCUCUGACAGCAGAGUUGUCACAUUAUAUUCCUGCCAUUCUCUCAGAGCUAUGACACUGGCUCAAGUAUACAAGUAUUUGCUUUUUAAUAUUGUUCGAUGUGCUCAUAUGCGAACAGUUUUUUUUUUUUUUUUUCCUUUUCUCUCAAAGAUGUGCAAUCACAUUUGCAUCAUGGUUCUUAUGUUUAGAAUUAUGCGAACCAGUCGAUUCCAGGAAACA